AGGAUCUUUUAUAGAACGUAACGAUAUUAAAUUGUUAUUUCUCAAGGAUUUUCCAAUUACGAAUGAAAUGUGAAAAUGCUGGUCGUCGUCGUCGUCGUCGUCGUCGUCGUCGUCGUAAAAUUUCACAAGGACAAUGUGUCAGAAAUAUCGGUGAUUUUACAUUUACACAAAGGACGUUGGUUUACUCCUUUCUUGUUGAAAAAUGUUUUUAAGUAGAUUCAUUUCUGUUAUUUAAAACAGAGAGAUUUCAAAAAGAUUUUUUAACGAGGAGAACUUAGGUUGUCCAGGUGACGAGCCAUGUAUGUAUGUACAUUUUCCGUGACAUAAAAUUUCUUCCAACAAUAUACCGCACGUGCCCACGUGUUUCGAGUUUAGUUGCUUUGGCAAGGCUCACGACAGGGAGAAUGACUUAUUUCCGAACGCUGGCGUCAUUGGCGGGCCGAUAGGAACGACAUUAGAUUUGUUGUGAUCAGGAUCGUAAAAGUUAUCGGAGGAAGGAUGCCAUUUAAAAACACACUUCGGACGAAUCGCUUGCUCGUAGCUCCAGCUCGUUCAAUGCAACCACCCGGCAGGGGGAACCCGAGGGUUCCCAGUCCUGGUCCGUUGCGACCUUAUACACCACCAGACCUUUCUUCCAUCCCUCAUAUGGACGGCACACCAUCGCACAACAGCAGCGAUUUAAUCCGUAACAACGGUACUUUAUCAUCACCAACGACAAGUAACAAUACGCGUAUUGCUGACGAAGUCUCAAAGGACAAUCAACCUAACGUUGGACCCUAUAUCGUUGGUAGUCCAAUCGAUUUAGGAAAUAUCGAUAAUGUCGAUAAUAUCGGCCUUCGUCUUGAUCCCGUUUUGCGUCGUAACGUAAGAGGAAGAACUCGGGAACAUAUCGAACUUCAGGAAGCACCUACAUCUGAAUUAAACUCGGAAGUAGGGCCAAUAAGAGCGGAAAAUGGGGGAUCCCAAGGUGAAGACCCAUCGUCGCAUCAAUACGACGAUUGCGACGAGAGAGUGGUUUUCGUCAAUGCGCCUCAUCAACCCGCGAAAUAUAAAAAUAAUCACAUCACAACGGCAAAAUAUUCGAUCCUAUCGUUCAUACCUAUGUUUCUUUUCGAACAGUUUCGUCGAUACAGUAAUUGUUUCUUCCUCUUUAUCGCAAUAAUGCAGCAAAUACCAGACGUAUCGCCAACCGGACGUUAUACUACUUUGGUCCCAUUAAUAUUCAUUUUGAGCGUUUCGGCAUUAAAGGAAAUUGUUGAAGAUAUCAAAAGGCAUAAGGCAGAUGACGAGAUAAAUAUGCGAGAAGUAGAAGUAUUAAGAGACGGGCGAUGGCAAUGGAUUCAAUGGCGUAAUGUUGCUGUCGGAGAUGUGGUUAAGGUUCACAACAACAAUUUCUUUCCCGCCGAUUUGAUCUUAUUAUCAUCGUCGGAGCCGCAGGGUAUGUCGUUCAUAGAAACAGCCAAUUUGGAUGGGGAAACAAAUUUGAAAAUUAGACAGGCUCACUCCGAUACAGCAAUCCUUUUGGAUACAGCCGAAUUAAUGAAUUUUCGUGCAAAUAUACAAUGUGAACCGCCGAAUAGACAUUUAUAUGAAUUCCAGGGUGUCCUUCGAGAAACUAACAAACAGAGCGUACCUCUGGGACCUGAUCAAUUACUACUCCGUGGCGCUAUGUUAAGAAAUACAAAAUGGAUAUUUGGUGUUGUAAUAUACACCGGCCAUGAUACUAAACUUAUGCAAAAUAAUACAACAACUGCGCCAUUGAAAAGAUCUACAUUAGAUCGACUGACUAAUACACAAAUUCUCAUGUUGUUCUUUAUGUUAAUUUUGUUGUGCCUUCUUUCUGCAAUAUUCAAUGUUAUAUGGACGAAUGCUAAUAGUACUGGACUGUGGUAUUUGGGUUUAAAUGAGGAAAUGACAAAGAAUUUUAUUUUCAAUCUUCUAACAUUCAUCAUACUCUUCAAUAAUUUAAUUCCAAUAUCGCUUCAAGUUACACUAGAAGUAGUUAGGUUUGUGCAAGCUACGUUCAUUAACAUGGAUAUUGAAAUGUAUCAUGCAGAGACGGACACACCUGCAAUGGCUCGCACAAGUAAUCUUAAUGAAGAGCUUGGAAUGGUCAAUUAUGUGUUUACAGAUAAAACUGGUACACUUACAAAGAAUGUUAUGGAAUUUAAAAGAUGUUCUGUCGGUGGCAAAUUAUACGACCUGCCAAAUCCAACAACUGGCAUUGAUAGUCCAGGUGUUAGUAAUAGUGAAUUAGUUAAAGAUAUUCUUGAAGGAAGGACAAUGAAGGGUUCAUCUCGUCCUAAUGAUAAGAAAAAAUAUAAUCAUUCUGUUAUACUGCAUGACUUUAUGAUAAUGUUAUCAGUUUGUCAUACAGUUAUUCCUGAAAAGAUAGAUGAUCAUAUUAUUUAUCAUGCGGCAUCUCCAGAUGAACGAGCACUAGUUGAUGGCGCACGUAAAUAUAAUUAUGUAUUCGAUACUAGAACACCUGCUUACGUGGAAGUAAUCGCCUUAGGCGAAAGACAACGAUUUGAAAUAUUAAACGUAAUAGAAUUUACGUCAGCUAGAAAGAGAAUGUCUGUAAUAGUUAAAACACCAACAGGAAAAAUUAAACUUUUAUGUAAAGGGGCUGAUUCUGUCAUUUAUGAACGAUUAAAUCCACGAUCACCAAAUGUAUCUGAAGAUGAUUUUCGUCAAACAACUUUAGAACAUUUAGAAAUGUUUGCGACCGAUGGAUUAAGAACUCUUUGUUUUGCUUCUACCGAAGUACCUGAAAAUUUAUAUCAGAGAUGGCGUGACACUUACCAUAAUGCAUCAAUCAGCAUGACAGAUCGUGAAAGUAAACUCGAUCAUGCAGCAAAUCUCAUUGAGAGCAAUUUAACUCUAUUAGGAGCAACUGCUAUUGAAGAUCAAUUACAAGAUGAAGUUCCAGAAACGUUACAGGCUUUACUUCGUGCUGAUAUUAAUGUUUGGGUGUUGACUGGAGAUAAACAAGAAACAGCGAUUAAUAUUGGCUAUUCCUGCAGAUUAAUCACACAUGGGAUGCCUUUGUAUAUUAUCAAUGAAAAUUCUCUAGAUAAAACAAGGGAAAUCAUUAUUCAACGUUGCCAAGAUUUUGGGGAUGAUUUGAAACGUCAAAAUGAAGUGGCUUUGGUAAUAGAUGGCAGUACUUUGGAAUUUGCCUUGUCAUGCGACAUUAGAAUGGAUUUUUUAGAUUUAUGUUCAGCAUGCAAGGUAGUUAUUUGUUGUAGAGUUUCGCCAAUGCAGAAAGCCGAGGUUGUUGAUCUCAUAACAAGUAAUAAGAAAGCAGUAACGCUAGCAAUUGGAGAUGGCGCAAAUGAUGUAGCAAUGAUUCAGAAAGCUCACAUAGGCGUUGGAAUAUCUGGUGUCGAGGGUCUACAAGCAGCCUGUGCAUCCGAUUAUUCUAUCGCACAGUUUCGUUUUCUGAAACGUCUUUUAUUUGUUCACGGUUCUUGGAAUUAUAGUAGAAUGUGUAAAUUAAUUCUAUAUUCGUUUUACAAGAAUAUUUGUUUGUAUGUAAUUGAAUUAUGGUUCGCAAUAUAUUCCGGCUGGUCUGGACAGAUUCUUUUUGAGAGAUGGUCUAUUGGUCUUUAUAAUGUCGUAUUUACGGCAGCACCUCCUCUAGCUAUGGGUCUUUUUGAUAAAGUAUGUUCAGCAGAAACUCAUUUAGCUCAUCCAGGAUUGUAUGCAACAAAAAAUACUGGAGAGUCAUCUUUUAAUAUUAAAGUAUUUUGGGUAUGGAUAAUAAAUGCCUUAAUUCAUUCAUCCUUACUUUAUUGGUUGCCACUUAUGGCUCUUAAGCAAGACGUCGUAUGGUCCCACGGUAAAGAUGGUGGAUAUCUUUUACUAGGAAAUUUUGUUUAUACUUAUGUUGUAGUAACAGUUUGUGGAAAGGCUGGAUUAAUAAUAAACUCUUGGACAUGGGUCACUCAUGUUGCCACAUGGGGAUCUAUUAUACUUUGGUUUUUAUUUAUUUUUAUUUAUAGUAAUUUUUGGCCUGUAUUAAAUGUUGGAGCUGUCAUGCUGGGUAAUGACAAAAUGUUAUUUUCGUCGCCUGUCUUUUGGUUAGGUCUUAUACUUAUUCCAUCGGCAGUAUUACUUCUUGAUGUAACUGCAAAAGCAGUUAAAAAUACAGUAUGGAAAUCUGUCACAGCAGCAGCUAGGGAAAAUGAAAUUAGAAAAUCUGAUCCUGGAGAUAUAUUCAAUGGUCAAGAUUAUAGAAGUUCAUUGACGGAGACGGCGCGGCUUCUGAAAAACGUUAAAAGUGUUUUCACCAGGCGAUCUAAUGCCACUUCCAGAGCAAAUGUCGAGGUGGAGCUAUCACAAAUUAAUAGUUUGCGUCAUUUGUUAUUGCGCAUGCUGCGUGAUGCAGAUGGAUUCGCAUUCUCCCAAGAGGAAGGAGGAUCAGUGACUCAGACGGAUGUGAUCAGAGCUUAUGAUACAAAUCUUCCAAAACCAGGCGGCAUGUAAUCUUAAUAUUAUAGUUAACAAAUUGCGAGGCAUCGGCUACUUUCAUUUUAUAAGUCGGCCUGAAAGUUUUUCGAGAGCGAUAUAGUUAUAUAGCUUUCGACGUGUGCUCUCUGCGUAACGUCUGUUUUUCUGCAUUUUAUGCACGAUUUUAAUUAUUCGAUCCUUUCAACGUAUUUGAUACACUUCGAAGAAGAAGUUUCAAAUCUCGAUCGAUAUAAUUUCAAUUAUACCAAUAAAAAACUCUCUAAAAGUAUAACAAAUUCCAUUAGGCAAUCUAAAUUCUCUUUCUAAAUCGAUACAAUUCUAAAUUAUCCUAUAUGGUAUAACGAAGAAGAAAAGUAAAGAAAAAAUAAAAAAAAUAAAAAUAAAGAAAAAACAAAAAGAUAGAGAAAUGAACUUUUAUAUACUAUAUAAUAUAUAUAGAUAUAUAUAUAUAUA